AUGUCCCAGUGGCAGACCCUCAGCCUUAAGCCAGUCACCUUUGAGGACGUGGCAGUGAACUUCACCCAGGAGGAGUGGAUGUAUCUAGAUGCCAGUCAGAGGGCCCUGUACCAGGACGUUAUGUCAGAGACCGUCAGAAACCUGAUGUCUGUAGAUCUGGUCACGAAGCUUGAAGAAGAAGAACAGUGGAGGAUCGAGCUCCAGCUCCAACCCCCAAAUGGAGAAGGCCUCCCUUCAGGAAGCAGGAAGCAGGAGCUUCCAGAAGGGAGUCCAAGCCGCAGGGGCAGAGAUGAGGAGGUCCCCCUUGCUUGCAAAGGCUCAGGACGACCCUGUGCCCCUGUGGGUUCUGGGCCCAGGGCCCCUGAGUGUUCAGCCCCCCAGGCCGGGCCACCGUUCACCUGCCACGUGUGUGGCAGGACUUUCAGGAAGCGCUCCAACCUGCACAGCCACCAGUUUGUGCACAAUCCCCACAAGACUAACAGCUGCGGCCAGUGUGGGAGGUCGUUCCGGAACCCCAGGGACCUCAGCUACCACAGGCGCAUGCACCUGGGGGAGAGGCCCUUCUGCUGCCCGCUCUGUGACAAGACCUACUGCGACGCCUCGGGGCUGAGCCGUCACCGCCGUGUUCACCUGGGCUACCGGCCCCACUCCUGCGCCCUCUGUGGAAAGGGCUUCCGGGACCAGUCUGAGCUCAAACGCCACCAGAAGACCCACCAAAACCGGAAGCCGGUGGCCAGGGACUGGAAGCAUGUUGUGAGCUCUCCAGGCUCCAGCGCUCUGUCUUGGGAGCCCCUGGACAGGAGCCAGGCGAGCAGCCGGGAGCCCGCGGCCGGGACCCGAAAACCUGUAUUUGGAACCAAGGGUCCUGUAGCUCAGACCCAGCCACCUGCAGACAGGAAGCAGGCGAUCGCUGUGAAGCCUCGGGCACCGGCCACGGCAAUCCCGGGGCCUGAGACCGGGACCCAGGAGCCUGACACCAGAGCCCCCUGCCUGGGCACCAGUCCCCCAGCGAAGCCUUCAGGACUCCAGGUCUCCUCUGGCCCUCACUGCGCCCCGACGCUGAGCGGGAGAGCCUGUCCGUCCAGCCACCACAAGGCCCACGUCACUGAGCCACGCUGCUGCUUCCGCUGUGGCAAAGCCUUCGGGUCCCUGUCGGGGCUGGCCAGACACCAGCACACACACUGGAGGCAGCAGGUGUACCGCUGCCCCGCCUGUGACGUCUGCUUCGGGGACAAGGAGGGCCUCGUGGGCCACUGGGGGGCUUCCAAAGGCAAGGACCCGUGUCUGGGCAGCCCCCACGCGUGCCGGGCGAUCCUGGCCCAGUGGCUUGGCUUCUCCCGAGACACCUCCCCUUUGGCAGGAAAGGAGCCGGUUGUGCCCCGGGAUCUGGGCCCUGGGCCCCCAGGAGAGGGCAGGGGGGAGGGGAGAGGGGAUGCAGAGCCGAGAAAGCAAGUGAGGCCGUGA